AUGCUCCGUACUUUCCAUCAUCCAGUUAAUGGAGGUGGACGGGAUUCGCGUUAGUUCACGUUGGGCAAAUGGAUUGAAGAGGAUUCAAAAUAACAUCCUUAAACGCGCUAAUCCUUUUCGAAUGUUGAUUACAGCCUCAUCAGUGACGUCAGUGUAUGUAGGUGGAACGGGCAUCUGGUGGAGAUCGGGUGUCAUUGCUUCGAUAUCCCAGAUGGAACAAGGGGAGAAAGAAAAGUCAAUGCAAACUCUCUACAUUGCUAUGACAACCCUGGCUGUGUUUGACACAACACAAGCCACGGUAUCCCCCUUUGCAUCUGAACUAAUUUCGCAGUUAGUAAACCACAGAGGAUUCCGUCAGACAGUCGCUGGAUUCAAAGAGUACAACAGAGUAGUAACCGAAGCUGUGAUCGGUGGUAAUGCAAAUGACGUAGAUGACAUCAUUGAUAACGCUAAGACCCUGAGAAAAAGGAUCGGAAAUUUUUUUGACAAUGAAGUAACAUCAUUUCUGAAAAACACCCAAGGGUAUGAUGAUCUCGUUACAAGUCUGAAUAAUGCUAAAAGGUGGGCGAAGGGCUUGACCUGGUUUGACACCAUAAGUGGUCCAUUCUUUGAUGCCGCCAACGUAGCAUUUUGUGGCUGGCAGUUGUAUAAUGCAAUCCAUGAUGAAGAUUCUCCACCUGAAGUUAGGUCUCUGAAUAUUGCAAGUGCAUCGCUGGGAGUUGCCAGCGGAGCUGUUGGAGUGACAUCAUUUGUUGUGGGAGCUUUGGCAACGGCUGGGAGUGUAGUGGCGACAGUAGCGGGUCCUGUCGGUGCAAUUGUAGGAUGCGUGCUUUCGCUUGCAUCAAUCAUCAUCGAUUUAAUCAAUUCCGCCAAUCCUUAUGGCACGAUAAAAGAUCACCUUGAAACUAUACAGAAACUGAAAAAGGGUUCCCUGCAGUACCUUCAAAAUCAAGUUAACAUAACACGGCAAAUCACUCCCGUUUUCAAACAAAACACUGGCUUUGACACUAUUUACGAAAUUAACCAAGGAAAUUUAAUAGAAGCGAAUCGCCCCGGAUUACCCUCCCUGUGGUCGGGUGUAGACAGAGAUCCCAGUGUAAGAUUUGACGCAAGAAACAGUCCUGGAAAUGAAAGUGGCUAUCUUACAAUGGGAAAGAAAAGGAUUUUUGACAAGUCAAAAUAUCCUCAAAACUUCUUUUUCCGACCACAAGGUCUAGUACCGCUGGGGUAUGACUUCUAUGGGAACGUUACAAAACCCAACGGAAAGGGAGUGACGGUCGUUGUUAACACGGCCAUGGUCGCCGAGCAUUUUUGGAUCAGAGGAGUUCAUAUUGACACUCGAGUAGAAAACGAUGAAGAAGAGGGAAACCCAGAUAAUGUUGUGAUUGGAGAAAUGACUGGGCUGGCGCUAUCAGGGCAUUCAAUUCAAGUGAACACUGGUGCUGGGGUCGACUUGCUUCAGGUUACUGGGCUGCUUUGCAAUGCCUGGACUUAUCACGAGAUGUGCUUUAGAUGUGAGCUUGGUACAGGAAUCAAUACAUUAUCAUUUCAAGGUAUGAACACGGAUCGAGUUCGGUUUCCAGAUUCCCGAGGCUCCAAAAUUUUCGUUGGUAUUAAAUACAGUAUGACAGGGUUCCACUGGAUUCAUUUAAGAAUGAAGGACUCAGAGAGAUCACCAGUAGAGGAAUACCACUUUGGUUACGUUGCUGAUGUGAAUGUAUUUCAUGGUAGGUAUUUCUGCUUUCUUAGUUAACUAUCAUAAAUUAUCAGAUUCAUUUCAAGUUCCCUUUAAUUGUCCCUCCGUAUUCCUGUCCUAGAGCUCAAUCAUCGGAUUUAUAGACGUCUAUAGAAAAAAAUAGUUCAUUUACCAGUAUUUUGUUCAUGAUAAGUACAUUAACAUAAAGGAUGACUUUUUAAUUAGUAUCUCUCACAUUGCUCUUCAAUAAUGACGAGAAUCUAUAUCUCAGACGUAUUUUUAAGGAUGGCAAUUAAUAAAGACAAACUAUGUGUUGAUAUAUUAAUUUGACCCUGGUUAGAGCUGAUGGCUGACUGGUAGUAACAGUGUGGAAAGUAAAUCCGACAAUUCAGCGAGCCACAAUAACCAAGCAGACCCAUAGAGAGACAAUUAACGGCCUUUUUACUCGUUUUCUCGAGCUUCGUUCUGACGAAAAACCCCUUUUUCAAGUACUAAAAGUACUAAAAAAUUAAAUAGUCUUGCUGGUAAAUAGUUUAUAACUCUCUUGUAAACAGAUGGCCUUACCAUGUAGCUGUCAUGAUCUGGUAAAUCUCUUGCUCCAAAGACAUUUCUUAAAAAAAAGGAAAGGCGGAACGAGAUUGGAUCUUUUCCAAUGCUAUUAUUGCACGCUUUGGACAAGUUUGUUACCGAAGGAAAGUAAAUAGAAAAAAAGUAUAAGGGGAGCUUGUCAAACUUGAAACUUUAAAACACCUUCGCAAUAACCUUUAAUUAACAGGAAGCAUAUUUAUAUUUGUAGGGUCUCCAUUCGAUGACGAAAUUGUGAUGGGAGAAGACAGAAGUUGUGUGGUGAAAAACGAUGGCGGAAACAACAAUUACGUCAUCUAUCUGUCCAAUGAACGCAGCUUUACUCAUACGAUCAUUGAUGACUCAGAAACACUCGGACAAAUAUUUCUUGUUAGGAAGAAGGAAGGAGGGGGGUAUGAAAACCAUGACAUUCGAGACGUAGUAUACGAUAAAGAAACACAAACACUAGUAACGUUCAUGAGAGACAGUGAAGGCAGGCACACGUUUACUGGCAGGAUUAUAAUCAAAAGAACAAAACCAGGCGAUGUUAAAGAAAUGAAGCUCCAUUUGGUCGAAACGUACUACUUUAGAGGCUGCCCACAAGUUCCAAGCUUGGACGAAGAAAGACUUGACUGCCACUCUUACAAUACACUAGGGCACCAAAAUAUAAACAGAGGGAUCGGUAGUCUUCAUCGAUUUAACCGAUUCUUUGGCUGGAAUAUCGACGAUCGACCCGUCCCAAGUGUCCCAUUCCAUUAUGACCUUAAUACCGAUUUAGAAGCUAACCCAAUUCCCGGCCUUUGUGGGGAUUUCAUUAUCUCUCUUGGUCCUUUCAAAGGUACGCGUCCUCAAAGAGGUGGAAGUCACGAGUUUUCCCUGAGAUUACCACAGAACUCUUUUAUAACUAUUAGUGAUUACCUUUUGGGUGACCUAACAGUCCGGCAACCAUUUUAUGUACUAUACUACCUUAAGUCAGAUAGGAAGCUAGUAUUUGAACAUCGUUUCGGUUAUUUGAUAAAGGCACAUUAUACAGUCAACGUUAAUGUUCCAGAGACAAAGCGCAUCGUAUUUGGGACGACUGGAAAUUAUCAGCUUCUCUUAGAUCUGAGCAUGAUAAUAGGCCAGCAGUGA